AUGAGUAGCUUGAGCAGCUUCUGCCCUCACUUGGAUGAGAUCCCUGAGAUCUUUACGACCUUCUGGCAGCGGUUGCACUCAAGUGUGGUGCAGCUGGAGCAUGACAUCUCGAUGGACGCGGGGGAGCCAGACCACGAGACGCGUGCCUUGUGUGUUCAGCUGGCCCUGCUGCGGAGCAUCAUCCAGGGGCAGGCAGGGAUCCCAUUUCCGCAAGCGGUGAACAGCUGCCCCACCCUGAUGGCCAUCUACUUCCAAUGGUCCAGCGGUUUGGCCCUGGACGCCACGCAGCCGCUGCGGAGCCGUGCCCUGCUGCAGCUGGGGGCGCCGCUGCAGCUGAUGGCGCUGUCACGGGCCUUGAUGAGGCCCGGUGAGUCGAAGGAGUUUAAGGAUCGGCAGAGAGCAGUUUCCACCAAAUUCUCCGAAAAGUUGCAGAAGCUUCGAGGCAACACCGAUGGGCUCCCGUGGAAGCUGGGAACUGAUCCCCAGCCACGGGUCGUGGUCCGGUCCCUGUGCGAUGCCACGUUUCAGGGGGGCAACCUGGAGAACGCCAGCUUCAACGUGACCGAAAGGAACCAUCGCAGCUAUGCAGAAAAAUGGGGCUAUGAUUAUGAGAUGCUUUUUCAGAGGCCUGUGGCAGAUGAAGAGCCGCAAUUUGGCAAGCUUCAGGUGGCUUUGGAGGUCCUUUCCAAGGACAUCGCCGACUGGUUUCUGUGGCUGGAUUGCGAUGCCUUGGUGACCAACCGCUCCAUUUCCAUCGCGGAUUUCCUGCAGACCUACUUGGUCACGGAAGAUGCCCAUUUCGUGGUGGCCGAGGAGACGUCAGGCAUCAACUCUGGCGUUUUCUUGCUGCGUGGGGGUGAAGUGGGAUUGCGAUUCCUGAGAGACGCCAUGAGCAGCGACUGGCGUUUCGUUUGGGAUCAAACCAUGCUGUUGCAUCAGAUGGCCAUGGAUUCAGAUCUCCUGGGCCAAGAUAUGUGCUCCAAGUGGCGAAAGGGUGAAGAUGUGAGCCAUGAUUUCCACUGGGCUCAGCACUUUCGCGUGGUUCCCCAACAUGCCCUGAACCUCUAUGGCGAAGGAUCUGCGUUGCAGUGGGGCGCCUCUGCCUGGCAGCGCGGCGAUUUCAUUUUGCACCUCGCGGGCUGUCCCUUGGUGGAGCCGCCAUGUCGUCAAACCUUCGAAGAGGUGGCGCAGUGGGUGGAGGAUGUCCAUGCGGUGCAUGCAGAGAAUGCGCAACAACAAUGUGGAGCUCCAGUUGGUGAUCCAACUCAUCAAACUGCCAUGGUUGGGCUCCAGUUCCUGUUCCCUGAUGUUCUGCUAGAUGCUGGUGCUGUCACUGCUGAGGAAGAGCUCGGCUCUUGCCUUUUAGAUCCACAAGCUGCUGAUCCACGAGGAGGUGCUUCUCCAGCGGAGAUGCGAAGGGCACGAAUGCAGAUCUUUGAGUCGCGAGACCAUGAGGUCAACUUUCGCCACCAGCUGAAGGGCUCAAACUGGGGCCGCAGGGCCAGCGCCACCGCCAUGGACUCCGGCUACGCGCGCCUUCCUGGGGAAGACGCCGAGGCUCACUGCGCCCGGCUGCUGCAGCUGCUGCAGGGCGGGUCAACCCCCGAGGAGGACGAGGGCUCGAACGAGGCGGAGGGGCUGGAGGUGGCUGAGGCCAUGUUGGCCCAGAAGUCCACGGAGAAACAGAGCCCUAUGGUCCUGGAGCUCUUGAAGAAUCUGCAACAAUGUGCCGUCUACACUGACACCCCCAAUUCCGAGACGAACAGGAAGCUUUGGAACGCCUACGCGCAAAGCUGGGCCACGGACGCGGACUUCGUGGAGCGCAUGUCGCGGCACGUGCAACGCGAGGCCAAGGAGUUGAGCUUUGUGGGGGACGAGUGGUCGGAUGCAGCGAGUCUCACAGAGGUCUUGCAGGAUUGGCUGCUGCCCCAUUUGGCUCCGCACCUUGCGGUGGCCGAGGUGGGCAGUGGCGGCGGGCGUGUGGGCGCCCUGGUGGCGCCCAAGGUGCAACGGCUGCCGUGCUUCGACAUCAGCGAGGAGAUGCUGAAGAUGGCCAGGAGGAGCUUGGAGGAGCUGGGCCAUGGAAACGUGGAGUAUCAGCUUUUGCAGGCCGAUGCGCCGUAUCCAGCACAGUACCAGGGCACCUUUGAUUUGGUCUAUUCCUUCGACGUCUUCGUCCACAUGGAUCUACAUGAGAUGCGCCACACGCUCCAUGGCGUGCGGGAGGUCCUGAAGCCAGGUGGGCUGUUCUUCGUGUCUUUUGCCAACCUGCUGGCGCCAGAUGGUUGGAGACGUUUCGCCCGACAGAAACACUACAGCGUGGGCGGCUUUUAUUUCAUCUCGCCCGACAUUGCCAAGUGUUUGCUGCAACAUGCCGGCUUCAGCGUCUUGAAGUGCUCCAAGCCGCAGAAAGGCAAUACCUAUCUGAACCGUGAUCUCCUGGUGCUCGCCCGGAGAGACUAAUGGCUCUGCUCAGAGCGAAAAAA